AUGCCUCAAAAGACUGUAUUUCCCAGGGUCCACCGCACCGGAAGUCCGGACUGGAGCUUGGGGCGAGCGUUUGAGGCCGGAAGCGCCUCCGAGGGUCGCCUAGGAGGGCAGCUGCUUGUGGAGUCCAUAACUUUCUCAGAGCUCUGGCCAUCGGGAGUGUGGUGGGAAGUGAGGAGAGCGCUCGCUCGCUCGGAUGCACAGCCUGGGAUCUCCUGCUUGCCCGGGCUCCCGAGUCCGCGUUACUCAAAUGAGGGCCUGGAGAAGAAUGCGAACGUUAUUGCUGCACUUCUAAGAUUCGAGAAUUUGGAGUCAAAUUAUGAAGCUCAAAAAUUAUCUCCAGACAAUCAUACUUAUAAUAUAAAUUUACCCAAAGAGAGCAUAAAUCAUCAUCAGACUAUUCAUAUUGGAGAGAAAGCCUAUGAAUGCAAGGAUUGUGGGAAGGCCUUCAGACUCCAACAACAGCUUACAAGACAUCAGAAAUCUCACAGUGGUGAGAGGCCUUAUGAAUGUGAUGAAUGCGGAAAGGCAUUUCAUCGUCCCAACCUGCUUAAGUACCAUAAAACCAUUCAUACAGGUAUAAAACCAUUUGAAUGUGAGGAAUGUGGGAAGUCCUUCAAGCGUGUCUUCCACCUUGUUGAACAUAGGAGUGUUCAUGCUGGUGUGAAACCAUAUGAAUGUAAUGAGUGUGGAAAAGCCUUUAAACGUCGCUCAUAUGUUACACAGCAUCAGAAAAUUCAUUCUGGUGAGAGACCCUUUCAGUGUAAGGAAUGUGGAAAAGCCUUCACUUUUCUGGCACAGCUCACUCGGCAUCAGAAUAUUCAUAGUGGAGAGAGAUCAUUUGAAUGUAAGGAGUGUGGGAAGAUAUUCAGUUUUGGUUCAUUCCUUUUGCGGCACCAGAGUAUUCAUACUGGUGAGAAACCCUUUGAGUGUAAAGUAUGUGGAAAGGCUUUUAGGCUUCAGUCAUACCUUUCUGAGCAUAAGAAAACUCACACUGAUGAGAAACCUUUCAAGUGCAAGCUGUGUGGGUCAGCUUUCCGACGUAAGGACCAACUUAGUGAGCAUCAGAGAACUCAUACCGAUGUGAAACCUUAUCAGUGCAAGGAAUGUGGGAAAUCCUUUCGUCGGCGUUCAGGUUUUACUGAUCAUCAGAGUAUUCACACUGGAAAGAAACCCUUUGGUUGUAAGGAAUGUGGAAAAGUCUUUAGACUUAAUAUACACCUCAUACGACAUCAGAAAUUUCAUAGUGGCGAGAGACCUUUUGAAUGCAAAGAAUGUGGAAAGGCUUUUCAUCUUUCCAGCCAGCUUAAUUACCAUAAAAGCAUUCAUACAAAUCAAAAACCAUUUGCUUGCAAGGAGUGUGGGAAGUCGUUCAAGCAUGUCUCCAGUCUUGUUGGUCAUAGAAUUAUUCAUGCUGGUGUGAAACCAUAUGAAUGUAAUGAGUGUGGGAAAGCCUUUAAUCAUCGCUCAAACCUCAAGCAACAUCAGAAAAUUCAUUCUGGUGAAAGACCCUUUCAAUGCAAGGAAUGUGGAAAGGCCUUUAUUGUUCUUGCACAGCUCACUCGGCACCAGAGCAUUCAUACUGGAAAGAAAUCAUUUGAAUGUGAGCAGUGUGGGUCAGCCUUCAGACUUAAGUCCCUACUCAAUCAACAUCAGAAAAUUCAUACUGAUGUGAAACCCUAUCAGUGCAAGGAAUGUGGAAAAGGUUUUGUUCGUGGUACAUUCCUUAAAAUUCACCAGAGAAUCCAUACUGGUGAGAAGCCCUUUCAAUGUAAGGAAUGUGGAGAAGGCUUUCAAUAUCAUUACCAAUUUCUUGGACAUUUUAGAAUUCAUACUGGCAAGAAUCCUUAUGAAUGUAAAGAAUGUGGGAAGUGCUUUACUUGUGGUAGAGACCUUAAAGUACAUCAAAGAAUUCACACUGAUGAGAAACUUUAUCAAUGUUAAGAAUGUGGGAAGUCCUUUAGUCAAAAAUCAAACUUGGACACACUAAAAUUCAUAUUGGAAAGAAGUCUUAUGGAAGUAAGGAAUGUGGAAAUUCCUUUAGCAAUAAUGUUCAGCUAGCUGCAUAUCAGAAUUUGUAUUGGUGAGAAACCAUAUUGAAUGUAAGAAAUGUGGGGAAAUGUUUAGAUUUAGUUCAGCCUUCACUGAAUAACAGAGAAUUCAUACUGGUGUGACACCCUAUCAAUGUAAAGAAUGAGAAAAUACCUUCAAUUAGAACUCAGGCCUUCAAAAUAAAGGAAUCCAUGCUUAGGUGAAACCCUAUGAAUGCAAGGAAUGAGGGAACACUUUUAGAAUUAGCCAAGCUCUUAAAGUUCUUCACAGAGUCCAUAUAAGUCUGAAACCCUAUGAAUGUAAAACAUAUGGGAAAGCAUUUAUUGUAAAUGAUGAACUUACACAACAUCAGAAAAUCCAUGAUCAUCAGGAGUCCUGUACAUGUUAGGCAAGUGGAUAAGCCUUUGUAUGAAAAUUUUAGUGACCAUCAGGGAACUCAUUUUGGCAAGAUUGUGGCUGAAAAGAAUUUGGGAAAAACUUUAAUCUGCUCUAGUAUCUAGUAUUUGGUCACCAUCAGAGUAUUCAUAUACUCUUCAUGCCAAGAACCCCUUUGUCUUAGGGUUUCUAUUGCUGCAAUGAAACUCCAAGACCAAAAAGCAAGUUGGGAAGGAAAGGGUUUAUUUGGCUUACACUUCCAUAUUGCUGUUUGUCACUCAAGGAAGUCAGCACAGGAACUAAACAGGUCAGGAUCCUGGAGGCAGGAGCUGAUGCAGAGGCCAUGGAGGGGAGCUGCUUACUGGCUUGCUUCCCUUGGCUUGCUCAGCCUGCUCUCUUAUAUAACCUCCAAACACCAUCCCAGAGGUGGUACCACCUACCAUGGGCUAGACCUUGUACCAGGCUUUUUCUUUUGGGCCAUCAACCAGCUCCCAAAUUAUGACACUGAGACUUAUUAGUAUUGAAUUCUCACCCUUAGCCUAGAACUCUUUUGCUAGCUCUUAUACCCUAACCUAUUUCUCUUCAUCUAUGUUUUGCCUUGGGGCUUUUUACCUCUUUUACUUUGUUCAUAUCCUGCUGUCUCUGUUUGGCUGGCUGGAGGCCACCUGGCUUCUUGCCCCAUUCUCCCCCUCAUUCUCUCCUCUCUUCUUCCUCUUGUUCCUCUCUUCUCUAGAGCCUAGAUUUCUCCUCCUAUUUAAUCUCUCUGCAUGCCAGCCCUGUCUGUCCCUUU